CUCUUUUCAUUAUUCCGUUCCUGUUGUCUCAUAUACGACUCUCUAUUUCUUCUUCGUUUUCUUCUUCUUCUCUAAAUGUAUAUAAUAACUAAAUUAAGGGAAUUCUUUUCUUUUGAUUCUUCGAAAAUUUAACAAAAUUCUUCAACUUUUUGUUUGUUUGCUCGAUUCAAUUUCAUCGGAUCCGAUCCCAUUUCCACAAUCUUCACUUCGUAAUUUCUUUUGCUUACCUAAAACCUUAAAGUCCGUUUUUUCUUUUCUUUUUUGGGGUUUAAUUGGGUUAAGGACUUAAAAGGCAAGGGUAAUAGAGAUGUUCUAUGGGGCAGUAGUAUGGGAUCCAUGGCAAAUAGUAGCACAAAUAGUUUGUCUUCAAUGCCUAUAUUAUCUAACUCUUGGUUUAUUUUUGUCUAUUCUCGUCGGCACGCGUGUCUCUCGCAUGAGCCUUGUUUAUUUCUUUGAUUUUGCUGCUAUCACCACCUCUACUAUCACUGGCUGGUGCGUCAUUGCCUCCUUUCUUCUCACCUCUAUCGCCGGAGCUGGAUUUAUGCUUUACUUGAUUGAGAGGGCUAAAAAGUGCUUAGAUUUUUCUGCAACCCUCUACACCAUUCAUCUCUUCGUAUGUAUUGUAUAUGGAGGUUGGCCUUCUUCAGUAACUUGGUGGGUUGUCAGUGGUACUGGACUUGCAGUGAUGGCUUUGCUUGGUGAAUAUCUCUGCAUUAGACGUGAACUUAAAGAGAUUCCAAUCACACGAUACCGGUCAAGAAUGGAGCAUUGAUUAUGUGCCCUCACUUUGCCUUAUUGAUAUGAGUUUCAGGAUUGGCCGUUUUCUAUGUUAACCAUUUUUUGGUACACGAGGCACAAUGAAGAACAUAAAACAUCCACAGUUUUCUUCUGUUUUACAAAAUAUAAUUAAAAUAAGCAAGUGAACUUACUUGUAAGAUAUAAACUUCAAAAUCUCUUGUCAAAAAGAGCGUACUUCUCAUCUAUUUUAAUAAAGAAAGAGCAAUAUUUUUCAUUGCCUUGCAUUCCCGGCAAACAGAAAAAUGAAAGAAAGGUCCUCUCCUUGCUCUAGCUCUCUCUUCCUAUCUAUCAUGCCAUGAUCUGAAAAGGGUUAGUUAACUUUUCAUUUCUUUCCAUUGUCCUACUUAAUUAAGUCUUCUGGGAGGUCAUGCCUGUGACUUCCACAAGGCCGAAAUGUCGGUAACAGCUUCUCCAACUGAAAGGUAGAGUCCAUUUAAUCCAAAUGAAUC